AUGCUGUUCACAUCUUUCAUAUUAUUACUUUUCUUGGGAAUAGCCUCAGCAUUGAAAGGCUCCAUUGACUUUUCGAAAGAUGCUGUCAAGAUUGUUGAUCCUGCAAGGGCAUCAUUAUUAUUACUUGACAAGGAAGAUAAAUCUUGGAGAGUUUUCCAUUUUAGGGAAAAUGGCGAUUUUUACCUACCUCAAUUAUCUAAGGGGAAGUAUGAGCUUUUGAUUCAAUCUCUAGAUUUUAAAUUAUCUACAGGACCCUCUUACAAAAUUACGGUGCUCAACAGUACACAUUAUAUAGUCGAGGAUGCUCAGACGGGUAAAGAGCUUGAGGAUGGGCUUGAAUUUUCAGCAGAUAAAGUGGUUUUGAGGAAUUUUAUCGACAAUGAUUCAUCGGGAAGUUUCCUUAACAGUCUUCCGUUCGUUCCUCUCAUUAGGAAAUACCCACUAAUGGGAAUGCUGCUAUUGGGCUGUAUUGCUCUCAUGGUUUCUCCAAUGAUAAUUAGUAAAUUUGAUCCGGACUUUAAUGAGAAGCUUAUUCAGGCUCAACAGGACACAAAAGCACAUCAAUCUUAG